CGACGUCCAAGAAGCUAGAUACCAUUCAAAGGAUUGAUUGAAGUGAUCUGGAGCUAAUUUUUUCAAAAAGAUGGAUAUAUUGAUGAUAAGAGAGUAAAUAUUGUAAAUUUAUCCGAAAAUCUGCCAAAUGGAAUCCACUUUUAUCCAACGUGAGCUUCCAGACAACUCCAUCUGGGUCUCCAAAAAAAGAGGAAACAAACACCAGAGUGUUUACGCGAAUUCCAAAUUAAUCUUUCUCAAAUAUCACGUCAAGAUCUCAAGCUGCGAUCACCUAACGACAGAACUACUUCGCCUCUUGAGUCCACCAAUUCCUACAUCCGUUGCGUAGAUCACCGCAGAAUACCUUUGCAUUACAUAUACGCACAUAAAGCAACGCAGAGCCUCGAAAAUGUCCGAACCCGGUCCUGAAUCAAUCCCUACGAGCGCGGACCCGCGUAGCCACCGGCCGGUCAAACGUCGCGCUGUUACCGCGCAGUCGGAACAAGCCUCCCAGAUCAACUCUCUUUUCCGAGACCCGUCGAAGGAAAUUAGACUUCCCGACUCUUUCAAACAACGAUCAUCGGCGUCAUUACCACCUCCACCGGAAAUCGUGGCAAAUGUUCAAGGGUCUUCUGCCGGUGCGGGAUCCGGGGAGUUCCACGUUUAUAAAGCCAGUCGCAGGAGGGAAUAUGAGCGCAUACGCAUGAUGGAAUCUGAGGUUAGUAAGGAAAAGGAGGAUCAAGACUGGGAGAGGCAGAGAGAGGAAGCUAGGCGGAAGGAUGAUGAAAAGACGGCGAAGAACCGGAAAAGGAGGGAAAAGAGGAACGCUGCGAAGAAUAAAAUCAAACCUACUUCCAGCAAUGGUAAGGGACCUGCCAUGCUGGCAGGGGAUACUCCGACCAAAGGGGCACUCAGCGGAUUUGACAAAAAUAGGGAUGAAGAUCAAAGCCUGCCGGUAGAUGCAGUCGAACAACCGGGAGUGAUAAUCCACGAAGAUUGAGACUACGGUUUCAACCAGGGAUUGUUAUUAAGAUAUUGCCCUGCCCACAGUAACUUU